UUCGAUGACGUCACACAGGAGGAAGACCAGAACAAGAUGGCGUCUGGCGGAGAUUACGUUGUUUUGGUUAUUAUGGUUUCUAGGUCUUAAUUACAACGUACAUGUGCACAUGUGUGUCGUUUAACAGAGUAAACGUCGUUAUUAAUUGUUUGUAUGCGGAUACAUUAGUCUGAGUGCACUUUGACGUGCUAGCCUAGCCUGCUGGUUAGCUUAGCUUGUUAGCUGCUAACAAAGAGAGGCGGAAGUGAUCGACACAUCAAAGCAGAGAUCCAAUACGUCUGUGAAGAACAUCUUCACCCUGAGCAACAGAAGUGGAGCUUCAGGAUGCAGACGGAGGAGCCACAGCACAACCUCAUUAAGAAGGAAAAGGAAUACCCACUGAUCCCCCAUUUUAAAAAUGAAGAGGAACACCCACUAAUCCCCCAUUUUAAAGAGGAAGAGGAGGACCCACUGACACCCCAUUUUAAAAAGGAAGCAGUGGAUCCACAGACCCCUCACAUUAAGGCGGAAGAGGAAUACCCACUGAUCCCCCAUUUUAAAAAUGAAGAGGAACACCAAUGGCUACCCUUUUUUAAAGAGGAGAUGGAGGAACCACUGACACCACAUUUUAAAAAGGAAGCGAUGGAUCCACCGAGCCCUCACAUUAAGGCGGAAGAGGAGGACCCACUGACCCCUCACAUUAAAGAGGAAGAGGAGGAACACAGCAUCAGUCAGCAGGGAGAGUGUCUUGAAGGACUGGAGGAGGUUGAUGUCACCAAGAUGCCAGUGACUGGUGUCCCUGUGAAGAGUGAAGAUGAUGAGGUGAAAGGUGAAAGUGAGGAGAGGGGAGGGGGGGAGCCUCCAAGCAGCAGCUCAACACAACACAUGACAACAGAAGCUGAUGGAGACCACUGUGGAGGAUCACAAGCAGACAAGCUCUUAGCUCCACUAUCAGAUAGUGAGGACACAACGUCACACUCUCCUGACACUGAUGAUGAAGACUCUAAAGAUGAUAAGACAUGUCACACUGACAACACUCACUUCACAUCUUCUCACUCUCACAAAACUUUUAAAUACCAUUGUCGUCUGAAAUUACACAUGAGAACACACACUGGAGAAAGACAUUUUUUGUGUUCGAUCUGCGGUAAAGAUUUUACUCAAAGAUACAUUUUGAAAAUACACAUGAGAAUACACACUGGAGAAAAACCUUUUUCCUGCUCAGAAUGUGGUAAAAGUUUUGGAAAAAAUCAAAGUUUAAAAGUACACAUGAGAACACACACAGGAGAAAAACCGUUUUCCUGCUCAGAAUGUGGUAAAAGUUUUGUAAGAAAUGAACAUUUAAAUGUACAUAUGAGAUCACACACUGGAGAAAAACCUUUUUCAUGUUCAAUCUGCGGUAAAGAUUUUACUCGAAGGGACCAUUUCAAAAAACACAUGAGAAUACACACUGGAGAACAACCUUUUCAUGUUCAAUAUGCGGUAAAUAUUUUGCUCGAAAGAACUACUUGAAAAUACACAUGAGUACACACACUGGUGAAAAACCUUAUACUUGUUCAGUAUGUUGUAGAAGUUUUAUACAAAGUAUGCAUUUGAAAAGACACAUGAGAAUACACAC